AUACCGAAUUCAUGAGGCCGCUUCAACCUGUGUACAGAUAACACAAUUAUGAAUUUAAAACUCAGCCAGGCAGCCUUAGGCAGCAGCUCAGGGAUGCUAACCUAGGUUGGUAAAUGAUUGGAUGACAAUCCCCUAUCGAAUAUCGAAAAUCAUGUGCCAUGCAUCAUGUAUGUAACGGAGAAAAUAUAUACCUUAUUACUCAUUGACUGAGUACCUAGAGUUGCAAUCAUGCUUGUCUUGUGCCCUUCACAACGUCAUCCAUACGCCCUGCCUAUUAUAUUCCAAGGAAUACCUCCAGACCCAGGAUUGCAACUUAUAGCAUUUGUAAUACGCGUUGCAUCGUCUGAAGAUAUAAAGCUUCAAUGUGAGACAUAGAGAGGAAUCAUUAAACCAAGCACCAUUUUACUCUCUAUGCUAUAUAUCCAUUUGGUGUCCAACGGUUUUCUGUAAAACAAGAUUCCGGCUAUUCACUGGUGUUAUCAAAUCAAACUCAUUACAGUCAAUUCUUAAUAGGAGUAACUCGUUAGCGACUGACUACUUUCCACCAUGGCAGACAUCAAGCCUUAUACCAUCUCAAUCGACGACGAGCGUUUGAACGAAUUAAAGACGCGAUUGUCGCUGGCAAAGUUUCCAGAUGAGCUUGAUGGAGCUGGUUGGGAUAUGGGAUCACCCCUCGCUGAUGUCAAGAGGCUAGUAAAAUACUGGCAGGAGUCUUAUGACUGGAGAAAGGCAGAAAAUGAGCUUAACAGUGUACCGCAUUUUGUUACCGACAUCCAAUGUGAUGGGUUCGAGCCUCUGGCAAUCCACUUCAUUCAUGUCCGCAGCAAGGUCAAAGGUGCAAUUCCCUUGUUGUUCAUUCACGGCUGGCCAGGCCACUUUCAAGAGGUUUUCAAAAUAUUGAAGCCCCUGACUGAAGGCGGCGACGGAGUCAAAUAUCCGGCAUUUGACGUCGUCGCGCCGUCGUUGCCAAAUUUUGGAUUCUCUCAAGGUUCGAAGAAGCGAGGCUUCGCUGCAGAGCAAUAUGCUGAAACUAUGAAUAAACUCAUGCACAAGUUGGGAUAUAAAGAAUACGUCACACAGGGGGGCGACUGGGGGUGUCACAUUAGCAGAGCUCUCGCACAUCUAUAUCCGCAAUACUGCAAAGCGACACACCUGAAUUCUAACUCGGCGAACCCUCCGAGUUACUUCAAGAACCCUAUUCUAGCUCUCCAACAUGCCAUAUUACCCUACAGCUCAAGAGAGCAGCGCGGCGUAGGUCGUACCAAAUGGUUCGACGAGCAAGGCCGAGGAUACAACUUGGAGCAGUGUACUAAACCACAGACCCUAGGCUACGCGCUGGCUGAUAGCCCGGUGGCUUUACUAGCCUGGAUCUACGAAAAGCUUCACGACUGGUCGGAUUCGUACCCCUGGACAGACGAGGAAGUCUGUACGUGGAUCAGCAUCUACUGGUUCAGCACGGCGGGACCCGCCGCCAGCGUCAGUAUCUAUUACGAGACUGCGCAGAAUAUCGACGGCAGGAAGAAUAAGCUGGACCAUGAGGGUUUGAAGGCGUGGUCUCCGGGUGUGAAACUUGGUUUCAGCCACUUCCCCAUGGACAUACAGGUGCAGCCCAGCACGUGGGUGCGUACGUUGGGUAAUGUAGUUUUCGAAAGGGAGUACGACAGCGGUGGCCACUUCGCCGCGUGGGAGAGACCGGACGAGAUCGUUACUGACGUAAGAGAGAUGUUUGGGAAGGGGGGUGGCGCCUUCGGUGUGGUGAAGGAUGCUACCGGAUAUGCAUCGUGAUUGCCCCGGAGCAGGAACGACAGAUGCGAAUUUUUUGUCACAGAGGCUGAUAUAUAGCCUUACAAGGCUAGGCGUUGUUAUAUCAAGUUUGAGGUAAUGCAGAUGAUGAUAAGGAGCUUUGACAAAACGAAUUAUGUGGU